AUGCGAUCUGUAUACUUCAUUAUCCUCAUUUUCGCCUUCAACAUAAAAGAUUGUGAGGCGGAUUUUUUGAAGUGGUUUGUAGAUUCGUGGAAUACCGUUAAAAAAGCGGUUAACGGAUUUAAAGAAGCUGUAAUUGGACUCAUUCCCUCUUCAAAAUUUUCACCCGCUAUCAAGCAAAAUAUUAUUGAAUUUCAUUUAGAUUUAAUGGACAUCUUGUUGAAAUAUACACGAGAUCAACUUCAACUUCUCAUAGAUGAUCCGAGAUUAAUGGAUUGUGGCCCGAUGAUUUAUGUGAUCAGAUCACGUCUUGGAACGAAAUUUUCUCUAGAUCCAUGCAGAAAACAACUAGUUGAAAUGAGUAAGUACUGUUCGAACUACAAAUCCUGUCAUAAUCGGAUAGAUAUGUCGAGGAAAGCGCUUGAUAAAUGUGAUAAGAAUUUCUGCGGCGGAUUAAAAAGUGUCCAGAAGAAUUCGCCAACCAGUAGUAGCACUUGUGAUUUCAAUGCUGACGUCUACUGCUUGGCUAUCGCCACUCAUAAACGAAACCUGACCGAAUCCAAGCUCCAAAAAUAUCUUGAAAGAAUAGGAAAGUAA